ACGCAGACUCGUACGUAAGAACAGGAAGUGUCAGGAGAACAGGCUCAGCUAGCAGCUACUUUUAGUCAGGUAAGUUAGCUUGCCUUUUGGCGAAGUCUACGCAAUGGGUCUGUUUGGUAGAACACCGGAGAAACCACCAAAAGAUCUGAUCAAUGAGUGGUCUUCAAAAAUACGGAAAGAAUCCAGAGUGAUUGACAGACAAAUUCGAGAUAUUCAAAGAGAAGAAGAGAAGGUCAAAAGAUCCAUCAAAGAUGCUGCCAAAAAGGGUCAGAAAGACGUGUGUGUGCUUCUUGCCAAAGAAGUGAUUCAGUCAAAACGAGCAGUCACAAAACUAUAUGCCUCCAAAGCUCACAUGAACUCUGUACAACUCAGCAUGAAGAACCAGCUCGCUGUUCUCCGUGUAGCUGGGGCCCUUCAGAAGAGCACAGAGGUCAUGAAAGCCAUGCAGAGCCUCAUCAAAGUCCCAGAGAUCCAGGCCACUAUGAGGGAACUGUCAAAGGAGAUGAUGAAGGCUGGCAUCAUUGAGGAAAUGCUGGAGGACACAUUUGAGAGCAUGGAAGAUGGGGAGGAGAUGGAGGAGGCAGCAGAGGAGGAAGUUGACAAGAUCCUCUUUGAGAUCACAGCAGGUGCCCUUGGAAAAGCACCCAGCAAAGUCACAGAUGCACUGCCUGAAACGGAGCCGACGGGGGCCACGGCAGCCUCAGACGACGAGUCAGAGGAGGACAUUGAAGAAAUGCAGUCACGAUUGGCGGCUCUGAGGAGCUAAGGUGAUCUGCCACUGCUCCAUCAAAGUCACUUUGCUUACUCCAUUAAAGACUGAGACAGUUCUGGUGAAGGGUUCACGGUGUUGAACAACCUCUCUGCUUCAUCUUUUAAUUAUUUCAUAUAAUCGUUUGAAGUAAACUUUGUGCUUUGACAGUUAUGUCUUUAAAAGGUUUUUUAUAGGACAAUUGGUUUACUCAGCCUGGAAAUGCUUUUGUUUUGUUUUGGGUUUUUUUUGCUUGUUGUCUUCUAUUAUCGGGGGAAUCCCUUGGUAAGUCUUUAUUAUCCAAAGUCAAAGAGAUGGUAUGAGAUGGUGUGUAUAUAAUGUAAGUAAGAAAAGCCUGCUGUGCCUACAGUGCUUCAUUGUAUUCUUUCUCUGGUCUGGACUUUGAGGGUCUUGGGUGUUAAAAAUCCAAAACUGAAUUUGGUAAGUGUUUAUUAAAGUCGCCCUGCACGUUUGUAUUCAGUCCAAAUCACAUCCCAGAUCACUUUCCAGCACUAGUUCCGGUGUGUCAUGACAUAUUUUGUAAGCAGCAGCUGCUCUGUUUACUUCUAAGUACUUUACAUUAUCUGCAACACUAGGGGUGACGGGUGGAUUUUGCUUUUGAGAGUUAUUCUAUCUGUGUAAAUCAAAAAUGUACGUAUACUAUAUGUGGUCCUACAUGUAAAGAACACUUAUCAGAAGAGUGCACGCAUACUAACCUGUCACAUUUUUGCAUUAACAUUCAGCUUGUUAAAUGUGUGACUUAUGAUUUUCACCAUCAGCAGGAAGAUGCAGAUGAAAUGGAAAGGCUGGUUAGUGCAGAACCUACAUAUUGUGGAAGUGUUGUGUGUAUAAUUUUUCUAUGUGAAUGGGAAAAGAAUAAAGUUUUAAGAAUACAUAAGGAUAAAAG